AUGACGAAAGCUACAACCCGCGAUGUUGUUCUAGGAAGACUGAAAAAUGCAGUCAAGAAUAAGGAGAUUAUUGUUGGAGCUGGAGCAGGAAUCGGUCUAUCAGCCAAGUCUGUGGAAGCAGGCGGAGCAGACCUCAUUAUCAUAUAUAAUUCCGGUCGUUUUCGUAUGGCAGGACGUGGCUCAUUAGCUGGUCUCAUGCCAUAUGGAGAUGCCAAUCAAGUAGUCGUUGAGAUGGCCUCCGAAAUCCUCCCUAUAGUAAACGAUACCGGUGUUCUCGCCGGCGUCUGUGCUACAGAUCCUUUCCGUAACAUCCCCACCUUCCUCAAACAGCUGAAAGAUCUCGGUUUUUGCGGGGUGCAAAAUUUUCCCACCGUUGGACUUAUCGAUGGGCGGUUCCGAGAAAAUCUAGAGGAGACGGGUAUGGGAUAUGAUAAAGAAGUUGAGAUGAUCCGUGUCGCCCACGAACAAGAUUUACUCACCACACCCUACGUUUUCAACGCCGACGAUGCGGUGAAAAUGACUAAAGCAGGCGCGGAUGUAUUGGUAGCGCAUAUGGGAUUAACGACUAGUGGGACGAUUGGUGCCAAGACCGGAAGUAGUUUGGAUGAAUGUGUGAAGGCUAUUCAGGAGAUUAGAGAUGCGGCUGUGAAGGUUAGAGAGGACAUUAUUGUUCUUUGCCAUGGGGGACCUGUUGCGGAGGAAAAAGAUGUGGAAUAUGUUUUGGCGAGAACGAAGGGAAUUCAUGGAUUUUUUGGAGCGAGUAGUAUGGAGAGGUUGCCGGUAGAGAUUGCGAUCAAGGAUAACAUGAAAGCAUUUAAGGAGUUGAAGGUUAGAAAUUAG